AUGUCCGACGCAGAAUUUGAGACGAUCAGGAAGCUCCAGGCCGAGCGGAAUGCCGCUUCUGCUGGUAAGAAGGGGUCAAAGACGUUUGAUCCAUCAAAUCAGCGAACUGAUGUCUCCACCAAGGCUUCCCUGACCGAAAGCUUCGACACCACCCUCUACGAUCGCGAUGGCGUUGAUAAGUUUGCCGGCUAUAACACGUCUAUAGCCGUAACAGGCGAAGAUGACGAUGAGAUGGAGGAGGCCGAUACCAGCCGGCGGCUCGUCGGCCAGUACACGGCCACGAAAGAGCAGAUGAACGAGUUCGCCCGCGGCAACGGAGUCGAAGAAGAGGACAUCCUCUUAGGCCGAGAGAAGAGUGCGCGAAUUGCUGACCGGGAGACUGAUUACCAGAAGCGCCGAUUGGAUCGUGUUUUGACGCCCACGCGAGCUGACCCUUUCGCGGCGAACAGACAAGCGGGGGCGGCGGAAGAUGGCGAGAGCUACAGAGAUAUCAUGGCUCGGAGGGAACUUGAAAGGGAGGAGCAACGAGUUAAGAGGGCUAUCGAAGAGAAGGCGGCAAAUGGCGAGGUUGUUCAUCACCAAGCUACGCUGGCCAAGGAUGGUAGUCGCUCACCUAGCGAUAAGGAGAACAAGGAUGCUGGCUCAACUGAAGUUGUUACUGCUGGACGCAAAAGAAAGCAACGAUGGGAUGUUGGAUCAGAAUCCACUGGUGAUGCUACUGCAGUCCAGCCCGCAGAAACAAAAGUUAAACGGUCGAGAUGGGACCAGACACCCGCCAUAGGAGGUGCCGUUGUCGAAGAGACACCACGGCGGCGGUCAAGAUGGGAUCAGGCCCCAGCGGCAACCCCCAUUGGCAAUCAAGGAUUAGUUACGCCUAUGCACCCUUCACAAAUGGGUGGUCCCGUUAUGCCAACAACAUUUGGUACUGACAUCUCUAUGAGGAACGCCCCGUUAUCUGACGAGGAACUUGAUAUGAUGCUACCAUCAGAAGGCUACAAGAUUCUCGAACCACCGCCUGGAUAUGCCCCUAUUAGAGCAAUCUCGCAAAAGAUUAUGGCUACUCCCGUCCCUUCGGGGGGCUUUAUGAUGCAAGAACCGGAAAGUGGCAGAGCGCUGGGUAAGCAGCUUCCAACCGAGAUUCCUGGGGUAGGGGAUCUUCAAUUCUUCAAGGCCGAGGACAUGGCAUAUUUUGGGAAGCUCACCGAUGGAGCCGACGAGAACACUAUGACUGUGGAGGAACUGAAAGAACGGAAGAUCAUGCGGUUGCUGUUGAAAGUCAAGAACGGAACUCCACCUAUGCGAAAGACUGCCUUGCGUCAACUCACAGACAAUGCUCGGCAAUUUGGCGCUGGCCCUCUCUUCAACCAGAUUCUACCGCUUUUGAUGGAAAAGACACUGGAAGAUCAGGAACGACAUUUACUAGUCAAAGUCAUCGAUCGUGUCCUAUACAAGCUUGAUGACCUUGUCAGGCCAUACGUUCACAAGAUAUUGGUCGUUAUCGAACCAUUGCUCAUCGAUCAAGACUACUAUGCAAGAGUGGAAGGUCGAGAAAUUAUCUCCAAUCUUAGUAAGGCAGCUGGACUUGCUCACAUGAUCAGUACCAUGCGUCCAGAUAUCGAUCACGUCGAUGAGUAUGUUCGAAACACAACUGCGAGAGCGUUCGCCGUCGUGGCCUCCGCGCUGGGAAUCCCCGCGCUGCUACCGUUCUUGCGUGCAGUGUGUCGGAGCAAAAAGUCUUGGCAGGCACGGCACACUGGCGUUAAGAUAGUUCAGCAGAUACCAAUUCUAAUGGGUUGCGCAGUCUUGCCCCAUUUGAAGGGUCUGGUGGAUUGCAUCGGUGGCAAUUUGAAUGAUGAUCAGACAAAGGUCCGAACCGUUACUAGUUUGGCUAUUGCGGCCUUGGCCGAAGCAGCAAACCCGUACGGCAUUGAAAGUUUCGACGACAUCCUGAACCCUCUAUGGACUGGCGCUCGCAAGCAACGUGGCAAGGGUCUUGCGGGUUUCCUCAAGGCCGUUGGAUACAUCAUCCCGUUGAUGGACGAAGAGUAUGCCAACUACUACACCAGCCAGAUUAUGGAGAUUCUCUUGAGAGAGUUCUCUUCGCCUGAUGAGGAAAUGAAGAAGGUUGUGCUCAAGGUGAUCUCCCAGUGUGCUGGGACAGAUGGCGUAACGGCAGGAUAUCUCAAGGAACAUGUCCUGGAUGAAUUCUUCAAGAGUUUCUGGGUUCGGCGGAUGGCCUUGGACAAGCGCAACUACCGACAAGUAGUUGAGACCACUGUCGAUCUUGGACAGAAAGUUGGAGUUGGUGAGAUUGUGGAAAGAAUUGUCAACAACCUCAAAGACGAGAGCGAGGCUUACCGGAAGAUGACUGUCGAGACAGUAGAGAAAGUUAUAGCCAGCCUAGGUGCAGCAGAUAUCGGUGAGCGGCUGGAGGAACGAUUGAUUGAUGGUAUCCUUCACUCGUUCCAGGAACAGAGUGUGGAGGAUAUUGUUAUGCUGAAUGGGUUUGGUACCGUUGUCAAUGCUCUCGGUACCCGGUGCAAGCCUUACCUCCCCCAGAUCGUCAGUACCAUCCUCUGGCGUCUGAACAACAAAUCUGCGACCGUCCGGCAGCAAGCGGCCGAUCUGAUUUCGCGUAUCGCGAUGGUCAUGAAGCAGUGUGGUGAGGAUGCACUGAUGGGCAAGCUUGGUAUCGUCCUAUAUGAAUAUCUCGGAGAGGAAUACCCUGAAGUCCUCGGGUCCAUUCUUGGUGCUCUCCGAUCUAUCGUCACAGUCGUCGGUAUCAGCCAGAUGCAACCCCCCAUCAGGGAUCUGCUUCCCAGACUCACACCAAUCUUACGUAACCGUCACGAGAAGGUGCAAGAGAACACCAUCGACCUGGUUGGACGUAUCGCAGAUCGUGGCCCUGAGAGUGUGAACGCUAGAGAGUGGAUGAGAAUCUGUUUUGAGCUUCUGGACAUGCUCAAGGCGCAUAAGAAGGGUAUCCGACGAGCUGCUAACAACACAUUUGGUUUCAUCGCCAAGGCUAUCGGACCACAGGAUGUUCUUGCAACUCUCCUUAACAACCUCCGGGUGCAGGAACGUCAAUCCCGAGUCUGUACAGCCGUUGCUAUUGGUAUCGUUGCUGAGACGUGUGCCCCGUUCACCGUCCUCCCUGCGCUGAUGAAUGAAUACCGUGUUCCGGAACUCAACGUCCAGAACGGUGUCCUCAAAUCACUAUCCUUCCUGUUCGAGUACAUUGGUGAGAUGGCCAAGGAUUACGUAUACGCCGUCACACCGCUGCUGGAAGACGCGCUGAUCGACAGGGACCAAGUGCACCGGCAGACGGCAGCUUCGGUUGUCAAGCACGUGGCCCUGGGUGUCGUCGGUCUUGGCUGCGAGGACGCCAUGGUCCAUCUCCUCAACCUGCUCUGCCCCAAUCUCUUCGAGACCAGCCCGCACGUCAUCGACCGCAUCGUCGAGGCCAUCGAUGCCAUCCGCAUGGCCAUCGGCCCGGGCCUGACGCUGCAGUAUAUCUGGGCCGGGCUCUUCCACCCAGCGCGCAAGGUGCGGCAGCCAUACUGGACCCUCUACAAUUGCACGUACGUCCAAUGCGCGGACAGCAUGGUGCCAUAUUAUCUGAACCUGGAUGAUGAGAAGAUGGACAGGCCCGAGUUAGCGAUUGUGAUUUAG